AUGUGCUGUUCUUGGGCUAGAGAAGCUGCCACUUUAUAUGCCAGGCCAUGUGUAUACACCACAGUAUAUGCAAGUCCAUCUGCUUUGAGUUCUUACCGGUUGCCUGAUUACGAGACACUGAGCUUCACGGGGCUGAUGAUUCCAGCUGCUAGUAAAUCCUUCUUCUUGACUGAUCUGGUUGCAGGACGUGAGUACGACCUCUGUGUUCUUGCUGUUUAUGAUGAUGGAUUGACAUCUUUGACCGCAACCCGAGUGAUCGGAUGCGUGCAGUUCACAACCCAGGAAGAAUACAAACAGUGCCGAUCCCUUCACGCCCAGUUUCUUGGAGGAACCAUGAUCAUCAUUAUUGGGGGUAUCAUUGUGGCUUCAGUUCUUGUUUUCAUUUUCAUCCUCCUCAUGAAAUAUAAAGUCUACAACAACCACCACAAAAAUAAAACUACUAAAGUUAAUAAUGUCUGCUCUCAAACCAAUGGAAGCCAAAGUGGCUCGAUGGCUCGAUCCACUUCGAAACUUUCAGAGAGACGGGAAAGUUUGCACCAGGAAUGCUCGGGCUCUUCCAUCAAAGGAAAAACUGUGGUAGAUUUGGAUUGUGAAAAAGUGACUCCAACCAACACAACCUUUUUAACAACCGAUGCGUUAUCUUAG